AUGUUAAUGAUGUUCCAGGAUCUCAGAGAUUCCAACAGCUCUAAGUUCCAGGUCUCUGAGUUCAUUCUGAUGGGAUUCCCAGGCAUUCACAGCUGGCAGCACUGGCUCUCCCUGCCCCUGGCUCUGCUCUACCUCUUAGCUCUCAGUGCCAACAUCCUUAUCCUGAUCAUCAUCAAUCAAGAAGCAACCCUGCACCAGCCUAUGUACUAUUUCCUUGGCAUCCUGGCUGUGGGGGACAUGGGCCUGGCUACCACUAUCAUGCCCAAGAUUCUGGCCAUCUUAUGGUUUAAUGCUAAAGCCAUCAGUCUCCCUGAGUGCUUUGCUCAGAUGUAUGUCAUACAUUGUUUUGUGGGCAUGGAGUCAGGGAUCUUUCUUUGCAUGGCUAUAGAUAGAUAUAUAGCCAUUUGUCAACCACUACGUUAUCCUUCAAUAAUUACUGAAUCUUUUGUGCUCAAAGCAACUAUGUUCAUGGCACUCAGGAACAGUCUGUCUACCAUCCCAGUGCCUGUCUUUGCUGCUCAGAGACAUUACUGCUCCCAGAACCAAAUUGAUCACUGUCUGUGCACUACUCUUGGUGUCACUAGCCUAGCCUGUGAUGACAGUAAAAUCAACAGCAUCUACCAGCUGUUUCUGGCCUGGACACUCAUGGGAAGUGACCUGGGUUUGAUUAUUUUGUCAUAUGCUUUGAUACUUCGCUCUGUGCUGAAGCUGAACUCAGCAGAAGCUGCAUCCAAGGCUCUAAAUACCUGCACUUCCCACCUCAUCCUAAUCUUUUUCUUCUACACAGUCCUUAUUGUCAUUUCCAUCACCCACAGUACAGAAAUGACAGUUCCCUUCAUCCCAGUUCUACUCAAUGUUCUGCACAAUGUCAUUCCUCCUGCCCUCAACCCCAUGGUGUAUGCACUCAAGAACAAGGAGCUCAGGCAGGGCUUAUAUAAAGUUCUCAAGCUGGACAUCAAGGGCAAGUAA